ACCGAAAAACGAAAGACAAAACCGAGAAAAGUACACACACGAAGCAUCUGCCUAUUCCCAGCUACUAACACCAUCCUUAUCUCUCUAUUAUUCCCUUAAAAGAUAACGCAAACUCUUCCAUUUGGAAACCACUAAACUCACUCACACAGGUAUGAAAAAAUGAUUGCCCUCAAGCCCAUUGUUCACGCUUCCUUGCACGCGUUCCACCACGCGCCGCUCCACACCGUGAGAGGUUCCGUUUGGUGCGUUUGCAAGUCGCAGGAGUCGGAUUCCGAGGGUUCCUCGGCGGAAGGAGAUGCUAACAGCCAAGAGCUUCUGGCACGAAUCGCCAUGCUUCAGACGGAAAAGGUUCGCCUCACCGAUUUUCUGGAGGAGAGGUCAGAGUAUUUGUCGCAGUUUGGGGAAGAGGCGAAAGCUGAGUUUGACAAGAUCGGAGAAGAUGCUCUCAAAGAGUUGGAUGAAGCUGGUGCCAGAAUAACAGCAAACAUAGAGAGUGAGAUGCUAGCAUUCGAGGAAUCUACUGAACUGAACAGAAUAGAGAUUGAGGAGAGUGAAAAGAAAAUAGUGGAGUUCGAGGACCAAAUGCAGAAGGACCGAAACGAAGGGCUAUUCUUUAAGAACCUUGGACAGAAGGAUCUUGUUGAUAAAGCAAAACCCAAGGAGGAGGUGGAAAAGAUCAAAGAUGUGAACAAAGAAAACAGUGGCAACCAAACCAUGAAAAAUGUUUAUCUUUUCUUCAUUGGCUUGCUGACUUUUGGAAUAGUUGAUUCUGUUGCCUCAUCCUCAGGUGCUGAUUGGAAAAGAGUUUCAGUUCUUGGAGGUAUUAUUGUGGUCUUGUUUUCUUUAUUCAUCAAUGAACAAAACAAGGACAGCAAGAAAGACUGAGAAAAAACUCAAAGUUCAUUUUCAUUUGAGGAAAAGAAGUUUAUGGGGGAUGACAUUGUGAAUUGGUAAUGCAUACUUGAACUUGGACUGAUGCAUCAACCUGCUUUUUGGCUUCAACUUCAGCUGAGAUACUGCUGAUGUCAACACAGUAAUGUCCAGAAUUUGGUUAACUAAAUGUCAUGAGAUACUUCACAAAUGUAGAAUUACUUUAAAUCGUGUGUUGAUGCAGAAAAAUAUAUGUACAUAGCUUUUAGGAGCAUAUUCAUCUCUGACUGUUACAAAUUUAUAUUUAGAACCACAACGCGUUUCUAA